AUGGAAGUUGAUUUUUCACUAAACGAUGAACAUGCUAAUCACAUUGAUAGAUGGCUGAACUUUGCUAUUGCAGCAAAGACAAAUCAGCUUAUUCUUAAUUUUACAUCUGUGCAUCCUAUAAUGGAACACUACAAGUUCCCUUUUCAGCUUUUCGAUGCUACCAAGAGUUCCAUCUUCCAAUCGUUGACACUUGGUUCUGUUUCUCUAAAUAAGCCUGCAAACUUCAAAGCUUUUCUAAACCUUAAAAAGCUUAUGUUAAUGGAUGUAAAUAUUACCGACGAAGAACUUCAACUUCUGUUGUCCAACUGCAAUGUUUUGGAGUUUCUUGGAGUUGCUCGUUGUCGAAUGCUCACAGCCAUUAAGACACCUCAACUCUCAGACCACUUUAAGCAUUUGCGUGUCUUUCACUGCCCCUUGCUUCAAGAGAUAAAGUUGAAUUAUGGCUUGACAACACUUGAAUAUAAAUACGAAGGUCCAUCGAUACCGAUAGCACCUCCUGUAACUUUGACAAACUUAAGCAUAGAGUCAUCAGAUGUUUGCUCAGCUCUUGCAUAUAUCUCCACUGAAUUGCCCAGUAUGGUGCGUCGACUGGAGAUGAUGUCUCUAAAAUGUGAAGAACUUGAGAGAGCUAUUUUACCGGAGAAGCCUCUCAAAUUUAUCCAUCUAAGGCACCUGAGAUUGGAAAUAACCUUUUUAUCCCUGACGAAAAGGAAGUCCGAUGUCCUUGAUUUUGCCUCCGUUUUGGAGGCUGCUCCUUUAAUGGAAAAGCUGGAGUUUCAUAUGUGGAUGGACUGUGAAUGUGUACGAUACCGCAAGCUUGAUGGCAAGCUAAGGAGCCUCCCCCCAAAGCCACACUCCCAUCUCAAGUUGGUGGAUAUUACAGGAUUUUAUGGUGAGAAAGAUCAGCUGGAGUUGGCGCUUCAUAUCCUCAAGAAUUCUGUCGCGCUGGAGGCAAUGACGAUUGAUCCAAAGCCAACGGUAGCUGCUGAGCAGUGUCGUCUGACAUGGAAAAAAGACGGGUUUUCUUACGUGGAUGGCUAUAGAGUUGCGAAGAAAUACCUUCUCAGAGCAGACCGCCGCGGCGUUGUUGACGUUGUAAAAGCCGGUCAUAAGGAUAUUGAAGCUCUAAGGAACGCUCCGUAUAAGAUGCCUCAAGAAGCUAAAUAA